AACUUACAUGUUCCCUGAUCCCUAUCUGUGACCCUACCAAUCAAAAAAUGUUUGUACCCGCCCUGCUGCCAUGUAAUCCUUGAAACUAGAUUUAAAACGGAUAAAAUGACGGUACUUACAUAUUUUGUGUUUACUGUGUGGAAGUUGACUUUUGAACAAUUAAAAAUGCAAAUGUCUGUUUGAAACUCCUCGCUCUCAAAGUCGGAGAUGAACAUUUUUGUGCUCGCAGUGGCGCCGGAAUUCAGCGUAUUUGUCGUGUCUUGGUCUCCACUUUUUGUUCCUUCCAUAAUUUUUGCUUGCAAAUUUCCAGUGUUGUAACAUGUAGCUGGAGUAUCACUUUAAGAAAUUGCGUUAAAGCAAAUAGAGACAAAUUUAUUUUUAUUUCCAACCACAAUUAAGCUGCAGAUUCUGUCUACAGUUGCGCAUUCUGCAUCGUGUGCUUCCAUUGUGUCUAAUAUUAGGCAAAAUCGUGAUUUCAGUGUUUCUCACUCAAACAUCUUUUCAUCAUAUCCUGCCUUUGCUCGACUCAGCGGACAACCAGUGUGUGUGUGUGUGUAAAUGGAGGGGAGGGGUUGAUAUUGAAAGAGAUGUGCGCCGGUCUGCAAGCAUCUAAUUCAGACUAACUGUAGCGGCGUCGGCGGCGGAUCGCGAUGUCACACCGGCGACGUUUCCUCCAUUUGAUGUGAAUCCCGUCCUGCAGGCUGGCCUACUGACUGUUUAUGCCACAAACUAGUCAGUUCGUUUGGAGCUGUUUGUUUGUAUAAUGCCUCCAGGAGCGCGUCCUCCAUCUCUCGAUGCUGCGCUGUCUUCUCAGUAUCUCUCUCUCAUAGUUGUUCUGUUGUGUGUUGCUGCUGCUGCCGCUGAAGGCGGUGUUUACAACGGAGUAAACAAGCAGGAUACACCAAAGAGCAUCCUUGAGAACAUACAGAAUUAUGAAAUCACUUAUCCUGUGUGGCUGCAUCCUCUCAGGCACAAGAGAUCUGACAUCAAAGAUCAUCCCCUAGUGGUUCAGGUUCUGAUCUCAGCUGAAGGCCAGGAGCUCAGACUACACCUGGAAAAAAAUGAGCAGCUGUUGGCCCAUGGAUAUCAAGAAAUAUGGUACGCUCCCGAUGGAGCUCGCAAGUUCUCUUCUCCAUCCAACACUGGACACUGUUUUUACCAUGGCGAGGUUCUGGGCUUGGAAGGUUCCAGCGUUGCUGUUAGCACUUGUUCAGGACUCAGGGGAAUGAUUUCUCUAAACUCAAGUGUCAGCUACCUGAUAGAGCCUCUUCCUAAUUCCACGGAUGCUCAGGAGCAUGCUGUUUUCAGAGCAGAAAGCCUCCAUCUACCUAAGGGAAGCUGCAUUCAUCACCAUGGCAAUGAGGAGCAUGGAGAAGGGCUUAAUGACUUCCUCCGUGCAACGAUGUCACCACAGGGCAGGAGGGAAAAAAGGGAACUGAGCCAGUCGAUGAAAUAUGUAGAGCUACUUCUGGUAGCAGACAAGGCUGAGUUUGAGAGGCAUGGGAGUAGUCUCGAGAAAACCAAGCAGAUUUUACUGGAUGCAGCCAACUUGGUUGAUAAGUACUAUAAGACUUUAAGUAUCCGUGUGGCAUUGAUCGCUCUGGAAGUGUGGACCAACCAGGACAUGAUCAACAUGUCUGAUAACCCGCACAGCACUCUGGCCGCAUUCCUGUCCUGGAGACGCAAACAGCUCCAGACUCUGCCCAACGACAAUGCUCAGCUUAUCACUGGAAAGCCAUUCCAAGGUACCACCAUCGGGCUGGCACCUCUAAAAGCCAUGUGUUCUGACUAUCAGUCUGGUGGAGUAAACACGGACCACUCAAAGUCAGCUGUUGGUAUUGCCGCCACCAUGGCACACGAGAUGGGCCACAACUUUGGUAUGAGUCAUGACAGCGUGGGCUGCUGCCAGGCGAGAGCAGAAGAUGGAGGCUGUAUCAUGGCUGCUGCUACUGGAGAUCCAUUUCCCCGUGUGUUUAAUGGUUGUAACCAGAGGGAGCUGAAAAACUACCUGAACUCUGGGGGAGGGAAAUGUCUCUUCAACUUGCCAAACACCAGGGUGAUGUAUGGAGGGCAGCGCUGCGGCAAUGGUUACCUGGAGGAUGGAGAGGAAUGUGACUGUGGAGAGGAGGAGGAGUGCACCAGUCCCUGCUGUAACGCCAACAACUGCACCCUGAAAGCUGGUGCUGAAUGUGCCCACGGAGUCUGCUGUCAUGACUGCAAGCUGAAAAGCCCAGGCGUGUUGUGCCGAGCUCCGUCUGGGCCGUGUGAUCUUCCAGAGUACUGUGACGGAAAGGCAGAGUCUUGUCCUGCUAAUUUUUACUUAACGGAUGGUGCAUCAUGUGCAGAUGGGCAGGCCUACUGUUACACCGGCAUGUGUCUGACUCUGGAGCAGCAGUGUCAAUCACUCUGGGGACGAGAUAGCCGUCCAGCCCCUGACCUCUGUUUUAAGAAGGUAAAUGAAGCUGGCGACAUGUAUGGGAACUGUGGCAAAGACACACUUGGGAAAUACAGGAGCUGCAGGGACAGGGAUGUCAAAUGUGGCAAGAUCCAGUGUUCAACUUCAGCUUCCAAGCCUAUAGAGAACAAUGCAGUCCGCAUAGAAACUACGGUCAUGUUGGGCAACAAGAAAAUUCUGUGUAUGGGAACACAUGUGUACAAGCUUGGUCAGGGAGACGAGGAGCCACAGAGUGACACUCUGGACCCGGGCCUGGUCAUGACAGGAACCAAGUGUGGUGAUGACUCGAUUUGCUUCAAUGGAGAGUGCCGCAAUGCAUCUUUUCUCAAAGCUGAUGAGUGCAAUGCCAAGUGUCAUGGACAUGGACUAUGCAACAACAACCACAACUGCCACUGCGACCCAGGUUGGGCUCCACCUUGGUGCAACCAGAAGGGCUCAGGGGGAAGUGUGGACAGUGGACCUGUCCUCAGCCAAAGUAAUCUCAUUCCAGUCUUGCUUGGUCUUCUGCUGGCUUUCUUCGUGUUUUUGGUUGCUCUUGGAGUAUGGUGCCGCCACAAACAUAAACUCCGUCCACUGAAACCCGCUGCUCCACAACCACUGCCAAAAUGUUCGAUCACAGUGGACAAUAAGCCUCUGCAUGCUGACGCUCAGGUCAGCGGUCACACCAACCCAACAUUUUUGCUCAAGAACCAGGACUUGUCUUGUCCUCAUCCAAGCCCAUCCUGCCCAACUCGGCCCAGACCUGCUAUCGUGCGUCCAGCAGUAAAGCCUCCUCCCAUACCUGCCUAUACUUCAGAGCAGAAGGAGCAGAAGCCGCAGCCUCAGGCCCAGCAUGUAGCCUCUCUGAAACAAAACUCUCCUCAGGGUAACAACCCCCCACCCUUUAAAUCCACCCAGGUGGCCGUACAGAAACCAAGGCAGGUUUUUGCAGCAAUACCAGGCCCUCCAGCUUUAUCUUCCCAGGAUCCUAAAAGCCAGAUGAUGCCUUCAGCAAUAAAUAAACAUCGUCCAGACCCUCCAAGCAGACCUCCACCACCUUGCCCUGUCAACAAACCAUCAGUGGAACAACAUAAUGUGAAAACCUCUCAUGUGACUGUGAAGGGCCUACAGAGAACAAAAGCUGCUUUGGCUCCAUCUGCUGGACAGAAAAAGCCAAACAGAGCCUAAAGGAGGAGCUCAGGGAGGCUUUGGGGACCACCAUUUACAUCCCGUAAAGGACUGCCUCAAACUGUCUUUUGAA